UAGUUAUUGAAUUUAUAUGCAUUGCAUAUUUAUUUAAUUUAGCAUUCAAGUAUUCUUCACGAAAUAUUUAUUUAGCAAACCCUGAAGUAUUUAUUACAGUCCCGAUAUAUUAUUUAUGUUCCUAAUAGCCACCCUAUAUCAUGAUUAUUUUUAGCAUACAUGUAUUUAUGCAGACUAAUAAAAUCCUCCCAUAUCUCAUCCUCAAUCCACUACUCAUCAAUGGUGCUACACUACUCACCAAUUCAUUACUUCCACCACCAACGUUAACAUCACUACCCACUCACACUUUCCACUCUCCCCACUCACACUUCACACCAUACUUUGCCCCCCACCAAAAUAAACUUUAGCCAUAAUACUCAUUCCCUUCCACUCACCAUUUCUCCUACAUACCAAGGAACAAGUGCAGAGGUAAGAACUGCAAUCAUAAUUUCAUAAUUUAAUUCUUACAACCUUCAGCAACUUCCAAGCUCUCUCUCUCUAAAAAAAAAACGCCACUGCCCAUAACUCCAUUCACAGAAGCUUAGUAAACAACAACAAAUACAACAACAAACACCAGCCGAAACCUCAUCAAAAGGCUUUGUGGAUCGUGAGGACUAGCACUGCUAUACCAAUUCAGAGUUAAGAAUAAACGACAGGCUUUGCCUAUUCAGAAUGGAAGGUGCACCAAGAGGACGUGGUAGAGGGCGCGGACGUGGCCGUGGGCGCGGUAGGGGAUUUGUACCCGAAGAGCCUAUUCCACAAGUAGCACCAAAUCGCACAGCCGAGGAAAAGUUUCGCAAGGAAAAACCCCCAACGUUUGAUGGAUUGGGCGAACCUGCGGAUGCCGAGAAAUGGGUUAGGGCAAUAGAACGGAUCUUCAACUACAUCCGUUGUGACGAUGAGGAUAAAGUGGCAUGCGCAACUUAUCAGUUGGUGGACGAAGCUGACUUUUGGUGGGAGUCAGUGAGGCGGACUAUGACUGACGAACAGUGGGAGAAUUUCACAUGGGAAGAAUUCAAGGCUGAAUUGUAUGAGAAGUAUAUACCAGGAUGUUACCGACAAAAGAAACAGAACGAGUUUUGGAAUUUGAGACAGAAAACGGGAACUGUGACCGAGUAUGAUAGAGCCUUCAAUCAGCUAUCAAGAUAUGCUCCGACGUUGGUGGACAGCGAUGAGAAACGCGCAGAGAAGUUCAGAAACGGACUGCGUCACGAGAUAGCGAUUUCCCUAGCAAGUCAAGGCGGUCUCACCUACGCGCAGACAUUGAGCAGAGCCCUCACUAUUGAGUCAUUGUUGCCAAGGGAGAAAGGAAAAUCCCCCGAACAGUUUGGAUUUGUACCAUCUCAAGAUGGUAGUAAGGGAAAGAGAAAAUGGAAUGAAGGGACUGGUGGAAACAUUGGAAAUGGGAAGAAACCAUGGACGGCAAAUCAAAAUCAGAAUCAACAUCAGAACCCACAACCUCAAGCAAUAGUUCAAACUCCUUGCCCAAAAUGUCAAAAACUCCAUCCGGGAGAAUGUCUGAAAGGAAUGAACGUCUGCUAUAACUGCGGAGAGGCCGGGCAUUAUGUCUCGACAUGCCCAAAGAAGGGAGGAGGAGCACCCCAACAACAAAAUCCUGGAAACCAACAACGACAAAACCAAGGUCCUAGAGGAAAUCAGAACCAACCACGAUACGCUAGGGCCUAUGCCCUUAACCAACACCGAGCAGCAGGAGAUCACGGAAACCUGGCAGGCUUUGUGGAUCGUGAGGACUAGCACUGCUAUACCAAUUCAGAGUUAAGAAUAAACGACAGGCUUUGCCUAUUCAGGUGGGCUUAUUUUCCAAAUGUAUGAUUUAGCUAUUGAGCUUAAAUAUUUCAAUGAAAUGAAAACUGUUUAUCCAAUAAAUAUUUUUGUGCACUCUGCUCUGUUUAAGGCUCGCAUAAGUUAAUCGAUCGAGGUUCUCUUAUGACCUAACACGUUGUUUGAGAAUUGUGUACACCUAUUAGCUGACUCGGUGGGUUGAUCUCCAUCGGGCACUAAUCAUGUAUGAGGCGUUAUAAGGGUGCUCGACGGGAUGUGUUCCGGAGCAUUGGGUCCCAAAUGGGAGCUUGGCUGGGUUACGCCCUCAGUCCAAGUAAAGCAGGAGUAAUGGAUCCGUCGGUGGCUAAAAGGUCCGGGAUCACAGCGAGUAACGGAAAGGGAGUGUGACAAUUGCGCGCAAUAUAAUAAAAUGUUUUAACAUGCUUAGAAGUUAUUUUUGUUUUAAAACCUUCUAAGUCAUGUAAAGUAUAAUUGGAUAAACUGCUCUUAUGAUUAUGAAAUAUUUAUAAAAAUGCUAGCCCACUAAGUACAUUAGUACUUAGCCCAAAAUUUCUUUCAAAUGUUUUCAGGUUGAUUGGUCGGUGCUGACGGGGCAGAGCUGAGGCUAGGGUUCAACUCCGUAUUUUGUCUUCCGCUGUUGCACUAGCUCUUAUUUGUCUUUUAUUUCUCCAACUUAAGACUUUUAUGUUAAAUUCUGAAUUAUGUUUCUUAUCGAGCUUAAACUCUCAACUUCUAGCUCUAUGUUAUUAACGUUGGUUAUCGGAAGCAUGAAACCGAACUUGUGAUCCUAAGGCUUAGAAUGUUGUUGAUUGAUUAAUAUCACUUGAUUUUUGUCUUUCUUCA